GUUCCCCUUCUGACGAGGCCUUCUUUUCCGCGAAGAAACCGCCUAAGAGCCUGGCGUAAGGUAUUUCACCACAAGAAUUCAGACCAAUCAGCUUUAGACGACAACAUGACGCACCGAAAGCAUGCCACCAAAGGCUCUCGGAACAGUAGUCCUACUCGAGAGUUGCCAGCAGAUACUUCCAAUGCAGGAGCAGCCUAUGAAGAAUACUAUGCAGCCCCAAGUCCCGGCCCUUGGUCAUCAUGGGUCCGCGAUGCUGAGGGCAGGGGAUUUUACUACAGAAGCCGAAUGAGCGCCACAGGAGAUAUUGAGUGGGACUUUUCGCGCUCGCCAACGUAUCGCAGUUACAACUACAUGCAACCAAUGCCACGGAUGUCCUACUAUCAACAACCCAUCAAGACAAGUCCGAAUCCAGCAACUGCAUUCACGUACACGUUCCGUUAUCCGUCCAACUCAGCACCGCGAGAAGACCAGCCGACAGCAGGAUCUGACUUUUCCCACGAUGCAAGCGACGAAGAGUCAUUUCCAGCCGCGAGCUCCAGUGUUCUAAUACCUGCCAUCAUCGACGUGGACACCAAGAACAACGUCAAGGUUAUGGUUCCGGAUCCCAGAACCGGGGAGGCGAAGACAAUCUACGACAACAGGCAUAAGCAUUCCCAUAAGAAGAAGAUGAGCCCGCAACACAAGGUUGAGCACUGGCUGCACAGAGUGUAGAUUAAAAUUUGGGAAGACACAGUUGCUGUCUUUGAUAUCCAUGGUCAGUGGAUUGAUCUUGUCAAUAUGUACGAACACAAAUUUCCAGGAGCAAAAGCAGGG